UAUUUUGAAAUAAUUAAAGUGCUCAAUUGUAUCGCUCAGCAUGAGUCAUUUCCGGUGUCUGCUGUGUCUUAUUGCUGCUGUCAGGGUUGUAGAGUGACUGCAGGUGUCUGAAACUGUAAACAGGUAAGGGAGAUGGCUGCAAAUGGAGCUGAAUGCGAACAACCACAGAAGAGACUAGGAUCUAAAGACAAGCACAAUGGCACCUCUACAGAUUCAUCAUUGAGAGAGAAAAGACUACAGGAUAGAGAAGAGCGUCUGUCUUUAGUGCUGUGGAAAAGGCCUAUCAUCACACUACAGUAUUUCUUCAUAGAAACUCUCAUUACCCUUAAAGAAUGGGCAUCAAAGCUUUGGAGAAGAAGGGUCAUGGUAUUUUUGACACUAGUCCUUUUUUCACUUAUCUCAAUGGCUUACACAAUAGAAGGAGAACAUCAGAUGUAUAUACAGUACCUGGAGAAGAAGUUCCUGUGGUGUGCCUACUGGGUAGGCCUGGGUAUUUUGUCUUCAGUUGGUCUUGGCACUGGACUUCACACUUUUCUUCUUUAUCUGGGUCCACACAUAGCCUCUGUGACUCUGGCUGCAUAUGAAUGUGGCUCUGUGAACUUCCCUGAGCCACCUUACCCCGCUCAGAUAGUUUGUCCAGAGGAGGAGGUCCUACAGGAGAGCAUCUCGCUAUGGACCAUCAUGUCGAAGGUUCGCCUGGAGGCCUGCAUGUGGGGUGCGGGCACAGCCAUCGGAGAGCUGCCCCCUUACUUCAUGGCGCGAGCGGCCCGGCUCUCCGGAGCAGAUCCCGAUGAUGAAGAUUAUGAGGAGUUUGAGGAGAUGCUGGAGCAGGCACAGAGCGCACAGGAUUUUGCAUCAAGAGCUAAACUAGCAGUGCAAAAUAUGGUCCAGAAAGUGGGAUUUUUUGGGAUUCUAGCCUGUGCCUCAAUCCCGAAUCCGUUAUUUGACCUGGCUGGAAUCACUUGUGGUCAUUUCUUGAUUCCGUUCUGGACCUUCUUUGGAGCGACUCUCAUUGGGAAGGCUGUUAUUAAAAUGCACAUUCAGAAACUCUUUGUUAUCAUAACAUUCAGCAAGCACAUAGUGGAGCAGAUGGUAUCUCUGAUCGGCAUUAUACCUGGAGUUGGAGCAUCUCUUCAGAAACCUUUUAGGGAGUACUUGGAGGCCCAGAGAUCUAAGCUUCAUAAUCCAGCGGGAGAGGGCAGUGCGGCGGGUGAAAGCUGGCUUUCAUGGGUGUUUGAGAAAGUGGUGCUGGUCAUGGUGUGCUAUUUUAUUUUGUCCAUCAUCAAUUCCAUGGCACAGAGUUACGCCAAGCGACUCCAGCAGAAGAAAUACGCGGAGGAGAAAACAAAAUGACGGACUUGCAAAAAGCCUCAUCUCAUGCUUUUGUUUCAGAACCUGCAAAAUAUUUAAGCUAAACGGGCACUAGUUUAUGCGUGUGCUUCUGUAUGUUUAUUAAGAUCCCCUUAGUUGCGUGAAGUCUCUUCAUUUGUCCGUAGUGUGCUCGGCUAUUUAAAAAAUCAGAUUUAACCUUAGAGAUUUUUGUCUUAACAGAAACAAGGCAGUCUAGGUAAACGGGCUGUGCGGAGUCAUAUUUGUUGCAAUGUCUUAUGCAACAUUGGAGGUCAUGCUUCCAUUGAAGUGAAUACAGUUCUUAAUCAAUAGAUUGAUUGAUUUAUUUAAUUUCUAAUGCACAGGUAUGGAUGGGCAGGGUCGGUUUUGUGAUUGGACUUUUCAGGGAUUGUGUUUUUUAAUCCGUAUGAUGUCAUUUUGUAUUUCUUUAACUGUUCUAAGAGGAUAGCAAUAUCAACUCAUCAUGGAUCAUCAUGGUUUCUAAAUAGUUUGCACAUCUUGUAAAUAACACUUGCGUACGUGUUUAUUCUGCUGAGGACUUGAACUUAAAAUGUCACAAACAAGUGGAUGUAACUUUGACCCUAAGAAAACAAAUAACUAAUCUUCCAUUUUUAGCGCAUUUCAAGUUUUGACAUUUGAUCUUAAACCAUACAUUGAUCCAUACUACUUUCUUAUUCAGGACUGAAAUCUUUCUGUAGGUAACUAUCAUUUCUCUUAGAACUAUUGUGUUUCUGUUUAUCAUUAAAUCGAUUAAUACA